UUGCUGUCGGAGUGGAAUCCACUAUGCUGGCAACCAAAAUAUAAACGUUGUGAAGAGAAGACCUGCAGGUAUAACAAAUAUAAGGGUCGUGUCGAUGCUGGGAUUUUAUAUUGUCCGCUUGCAUGGAUUGCUGCAGUUUUGUCAAGGAAAUCAAUCAAUCCAAUACGCACCACGUGGUUUGGGUUUGUCCAAUUGGAGCAACGCUUUGAUACCCGAAAGCGUGCCCUUUGUUCAGGAUUUCGCCAAGUUAUCAACAAUAUGGUCGAAUUAACUUUUAUACAGCAACAUGUGGACAAAGAAUAUGAUUUGUAACGGCAAGAUGACCAUUUCUGGAUAUAUCCAUUUUUUUUUCUCCCCUGUGGCAGUGAGUGUGUAGCCUACAACUUUUUGGCAAGCAUUUUGCCAUGAGUUUAUUCAUCACAUGACUUCCCUUCCCCCACCCAAAGAAUGAUGAAGAAGUCGGACAUGUUUGAGGGAAAUGUGUUGAAAAAAAAAAGUAUCGUGAUGGAGGACAAGGAGAAAUUUGAAGUAAAGUUUUGACUUUGCAUAAUGGAUUUACAAAUUGAGAUUUUUAAUAGUUUAAUUUGAUGUAACCCUGGGAGUCAAUUAGCAAACUCUUUUUUUUUUUGUAGGUAUUUAGUCAAGAUUAAGACACAUUAAUAUAUGUUUUAUUUCAAGUUUCAUUGUAUUUAGAAGCUUUGAAAUGUAUACUCUUCGUCCGUAUAUAUUGAAAAUCGCGAGGAUUUAGUGGAGUGACAUUGAAGAGAACGUGUAACCUUGGUGUGGGGGAUGGGUAUUAUCGUUUGGGAACCAUUUUGUAGAGAUUUAAAACUACCUUUACGAGUUUCUUUUUGUCGAAGGUUGGCAUUUUGCUGAUAAUUCAGUAUAAUCUAGUUUGUUGCACGUGGACUUCGUCGAAUGAGUAUCUUGGUAUGAUAGGAAAUGUUUGGGGAUUUAGUUGUGUAUGUUAAAUGUAGAUAUAACUAACGUUUAGGGUUUUCUCUGGACAACUAAUGUCGAAGAUUUGUAAGGUUUAUAGUUAUGAUUUAGUUGGACUGUUCAAAUCGUGAAUGCGGCCUACUUGGGUGUUAUUGAAGUUGAGCAACUUUUCUCUAAAAUUCUUAACAGAUGUGACCUUUUGCUAGAAUGUCCUCUUAUAGUAAUUUUUAAGUGGUUGUGUGUAUCCGAAAUUCUUAUCUGAUUUGAUAACUAUUUCAGCAAGAGUUGAGAAUUGCUGUGUCAUUCAAUGGAGGGUAAUUUCCUUUGCCACUUUAGCUUAGUUUCCUUUAUCCUCCCUAAGACAUUUAAAACCUCGGCUUCAGUGUGAGUUAAGCUAUUGUGUCCAACUGUUGUGCUAUUAAUGGUAUGUCAGGCCUUGGUUGAGUUCUGACAUUAGUAGGCCUCGGAUAAUGGUAGCCUUUCUUGUAGUCAGAAAUAAUUAUUCCUGGUAAAAUAUGUAGUUUAGGUCAGACAGCACGUGGUUUGAAACUAGGCGUUAUGAUCAUCGCCCUUUUGAUCCAACGCAGGCUGUGGUAUUACUUGUACACUUUGUGACACCAUCUCAUGUAUGCACAGACAAGCUCGUGUGCACUUCAAGAUGGCGCUCCGUCAACACAACCCAAAUGCGGCUACUCGGAAAGAAAUGUGUUUUUAAGCGCUCGGCCUACGUUUAGCAUCUGAUAGAUACGUGUCAGUGAACUCGCUAACCAAUGACUUGCUAUCUGUUUACUCUGGAAGUUCGCGCUGGAGUUUCAACGACCAAUCAUUAUCGUUGCUUUGCCCACGCUGACGUAAUGUAAUUUGAUAAGCGAAAGGGCGGGUUGUUGGAUGUCGCAUUUUCGUAAUAGACUACGUAAAAUAACCAAUCAAAGUACACAUUUUGAGUGCUGGGAGGUCUAGCCAGUAAUAUUGCGAAUGUAGUUUGAUUGAUAAUAACAAUAUGCGAAUAGGUUGGAUGGGAAGCAUAUAGGAAAACAAAUGGUGUUUGGAGGUGUGGUUACUUUGGAUGACAUGUUCAACUGCGAAUAGAAAAUCAUAGGGCGUAGUCUUACAUUCCGUAUCCAAUAGAAUGCGUGGUUGGUCUAUAAAUUGUCGGGCAUAGACGCGAGGUGCCAUUUCGCUGAAGCAGUGAUCAGUUGGAUUCUGUGGGGCCUGGAGGAAAGGACGGGCAAAACAGGAACUUGAAUAUUGGUAUUUAAACAGAAUCCGGAUCCAUCGCGAUGGAGACGGCCAUAAACCCGCCCCAUGACAGCUCCCUGGGCGGGGUCGACGUAGGCCUGCAUGGCAUCAUGGCGAUGGAGCAGGGCCUGCCGGGCCCCGGAAAGCGCAUCCGGAAACCGUCACUGCUGUUCGAGGGAUUCGAGGGCCCGCCGUUGCUCCCCCAUGGGCAAGCUCCCCCCUCUGGGUCACCACGGCCCCUAGUGUACGACACGAACCGGCAGGGCCGCGCCACCAACCAGCUGCAGUUCCUCCAGAGAGCCAUGAUGAAGUACCUGUGGAGGCACCACUUCGCAUGGCCCUUCCAGGAGCCUGUGGACGCCUCCAAGCUCAGCCUGCCUGACUAUCACAAGAUCAUCAAACAGCCCAUGGACAUGGGGACCAUCAAGCGGCGCCUGGAGAGCAACUACUACCGCAGCGCCAGCGAGUGCAUGCAGGACUUCAACACCAUGUUCACCAACUGCUACAUCUACAAUAAGCCAACAGAUGAUAUUGUUCUGAUGGCCCAGUCCCUGGAGAAAGCUUUCCUUCAGAAGGUUGCCCAGAUGCCCCAGGAGGAGAUAGAACUGCCCCCUCCUCCACCACGGGGAAAACCGGGCAAGCCAGGCAGAGGACGCAGGGCCACAGUACCAGGAGGAGUGACGACUGCUCACCAGGUCCCGGCAGUGUCCCAGUCCGCGUACUCUCCCCCCACGCCAGACACCCCAGAGUCGCUGCUCUCCACCCCCCCACAGACGCUCCUGGCCAAGAGCCUACCUCUCACCCUCCACAGUACUCCUGCUAUGCUAAGCUUACCCCCCACACAGCCCACAGCCAAGAAAAAGGGAGUGAAGCGGAAAGCAGACACCACCACCCCCACCACCAUGGCCAUGCCCAUCACCGUGGGCGUUGGCGGGAUUGGCAUGGGCAUGGCCGGCGGGCCCGACUCCCCGUUGACACUCACCUCGCUGGGGGUAGGCCAUGGCCUGGGGCUCGGCAUGGGGAUGGGUAUUGGUAUGGGCCGCGGCAGAGGCAUGGCGGGCGCCAAAGCACCUGCAGGGAGGAGGGGAGUCAGCGGGCGCCCUAUCAAGCCGCCGAAAAAGGACCUACCGGAUUCUGUGCAACUCCAGCCGGUGCGGCGCGGCAAACUGGGCCAGCAGCUUCGGUACUGCAACGGGAUUCUCAAAGAGCUGCUGUCCAAGAAACACGCGGCGUACGCCUGGCCUUUCUACAAACCAGUAGACGCCUCCAUGCUGGGCCUACACGACUACCACGACAUCAUCAAGCAGCCCAUGGACCUCAGCACCAUCAAGAGGAAAAUGGACAGUCGAGAGUACCGGGACGCCCAGCAGUUUGCCGGCGACGUGAGGAUAAUGUACUCUAACUGCUACAAGUACAACCCUCCAGACCAUGACGUGGUAGCCAUGGCACGCAAACUACAGGACGUCUUUGAGUUCUGCUUUGCCAAGAUGCCCGACGAGCCUGCGGCCCCUCCCGCUUCCAUGGGUGGGCGCUCCUCAUCUUCUUCCUCUUCCUCCUCGUCCUCGUCUGAGAGCGACCCCAGCAGCGAGAGCGACAGCAGCCCCAGCUCGGACAGCGAGGAGGAGCGAGCACACCGCCUGGCCGAGCUGCAGGAACAGGUGUGUACACAGCUGAAAGCAGUUCAUGAGCAACUGGCAGCACUCUCCCAGGGCCCCAUCGUCAAGCCUAAGAGGAAGAAAGAGAAGAAGGACAAGAAGAAGAAGAAGAAGCCCGAGAAGCAUCGGGGAAGCCGGGUACCAGUCGAAGAGGAUAUACCCAUCCGGCCGGCUAAAAUGCCCAAGGUCACCAAGAUGCCGAAGACACCCAAGAGCAGCAAAGGGGGCUCCACACAGGGCAAGAGGAGCACUGGCAAGAAGAGCAACAAGAGCAAGUCCUCCAAGAAGUCUCAGGCAGUGACGCUCAGCAUGCACCAGAUGAGUGCUGCCGCCAUGCUCCCCCACUACGACUCCGAGGAGGAGGACGAGGUGUCGCCCAUGAGCUACGAUGAGAAGCGCCAGCUCAGCCUGGACAUCAACAAGCUGCCCGGGGAGAAGCUGGGCCGCGUGGUUCACAUCAUCCAGGCACGCGAGCCUUCGCUGCGCGACACCAACCCAGAGGAGAUCGAGAUCGACUUUGAGACGCUCAAGCCGUCCACACUGCGCGAGCUGGAACGUUACGUCAUGACCUGCCUCCGCAAGAAGCCUCGCAAGCCCUAUGGGAAGAAAGGUGGAACAGGGAAGUCCCGGGAGGAGUUGGCUCUGGAGAAGCAGUUGGAACUGGAGCAGAGGUUGCUGGAUGUCAGCGGGCAGCUCAACUCUGGCAAGAAGCCUCAGAAAACCAAAGCAGAGAAGCCCAGUGCAGUGGAGCCCCACGCCGUAGCGUCUCGCCUCAGCGCCAGCAGCUCCAGCUCAGACUCUUCCUCAUCUUCUUCCUCGUCCUCCUCUGACACCAGUGACUCGGACUGAAAGCUCCAGAGGGAUGGGCAUUGAGCCCACGAACCCCAGACAGGACAGAGCAGGACUGCCAACAGAGCUGCAGGCGGGUCAGACUAUAGUCAGAACUGACCCGGAAUUAAAAAAGAUGGGGAUGUGUUGAGAGAAUCCAGUCCCAACAGAAAGAGUGGAUGGAGAGAGACUGGGUUUUUUCAUUGCUCUAGAAACCUAGAGGGUUGACAUAGAUGAUGCGUUGUCUCGUAGGUUAAAGAGCCGAUGGCAGGAUCCCUACUGGCUCUAGAAAGAUGGCAGGAUCCCUACUGGCUCUAGAAAGAUGGCAGGAUCACUACUGGCUCUAGAAAGAUGGCAGGAUCUCAAGAUGGCAGGAUCUUUACUGGCUCUAGAAAGAUGGCAGGAUCUCAAGAUGGCAGGAUCUCUACUGGCUCUAGAAAGAUGGCAGGAUCUCAAGAUGGCAGGAUCUCUACUGGCUCUAGAAAGAUGGCAGGAUCUCUACUGGCUCUUGAAAGAUGGCAGGAUCCCUACUGACUCUAGAAAGAUGGCAGGAUCUCUACUGGCUCUUGAAAGAUGGAAGGACCUCAAGAUGGCAGGAUCUCUACAAGCUCUAGAAAGCGAGGAGGAUAGAUAGUACGAGAUGAUCCCAGAGUUCUGGACUAUGUCUUUCUCUCCACGCUUUGUGUAUAUACUAUGUACGAAUAUAUAAAUAUCUAUUUUUCUUUUGUAAAGAAGAAUUUUAAGGAAUCCCCAAAUGUGGGGAGAAAGUAAAGGUGUGGACAGGCUGUUUUUCAUUUAGUUGUUUUAUGACAAGGAGUUAGAAGGUAAAGCGCGUGUGUGUGAGAGAGAGAGAGAGGGGCAUGGCCUCGCACAGUAAACGCAGCCCUGCUUAGUUUCUCAUCUUGUUGAUGCAGGCGUUUGAAGUAAUUCUGCGUUGUAAAGCACCUUGGUUCAGUAUACAUGAAGAAACUGAAGAGCAUCAAGACUGCAACAUACGCAUGUACUUCUACAGCCUGAGAGGGGUGUCCAUGGUACACAAAUGGUUUCAGUGAGCUAACUUUUUCCUGCGUUUCACUCUGUAAAUGACCUGUUUCUAUCUUGUGACCAAUCUGCAAAUAAAUUGUGAGGACAUCUCAGCAUUGCCCACACGCAAACAGA